CCCGGGAAGGAAUAGGAGGUGACGGGGCGGGCGCUCGGCAGCGCAGUCCUCACAAACCUUCCCUCACCCUACGCCCAAGCUUUCUGGCGGCCUCUGCUCCCCGACCGGGGACAGUUAGGGCACGACGCCUCCCCACUCUGGCCUCUCUAGUUCGCCGGCAGGAACUCCAUGGUUGCGUCCGGCCUCUCCUCCCUUCGGGCCCACCCCCUUUUUCCCGGCCGCUCUGGCCCGCCCCUUGACACUCUAUGGCUGCGCCCGUCUCACGGGCCUGCUCUCCACCCUGGCCACUCUGGCCCGCUUGGCGGACGCCCUAUGGCUGCGCCGGGCCGCGACUUCCCCUAGGGCCGCCCGGCCCUUACGCUCAGGUGGCUCUGGCACACUGGCUGGCGCUCCGCACAGUUCUCGGCUCAUAGGGCUGGGCCUGGCCACCAGGCCGCAGCCUUCCCUCUCCCUCUUUCCCAGCGGACGCCGGCGGCGCUACAACCCUCCCCGAAACCUUCCCCGGUCUCUCAGGUGUGCGCUUACCCGGGGCCUACAGCGGGCCCGGCUUCUCGUGGUCCAGCAGGGGGUGAGCGCAGACCUGGGUGGUGUGGCCGCCGGGAAAGGGGAGUUUCAGGCGCCGGGAAGGGCGGGCCUGCAGGCCGACCUGAGGUCAGGAGUCUUUGCUUAAAUGCAAAGGGAAGCCCACGAAGGGGCUACAGGAUGAGAAAGGAUCGGGAGAGGACAAGAAAGGAGACUGAUGCAGUUGUCCAGUCAGGGGGUGAUGGCAGCCUGGACCGGGACACGAACAGCAGGGAGGGAGAAGUGGAGACAAAAGUGUGAAACGGAACCUUUGAAACUCAGGUGUGACAUCAACAAAGUCAAGUAGGUAGUCCAAACUCUCUCUGACAGCAGGUAACUGAAAUUCAGCAGUCUGCUCUUCAGCUCCUCCUCCUUUCUGAACAACUUCCUUUGUAAUUCCACUUUUUGUUUUUGCGGGGCUACCCUUUUCUUCAUCAUCCCCAUUGAACCACACUCUAUCAUCAGCCAGUGUGGUUUCCAACUCCCCACAUUUCUCCAGGAUUUCUCUAUAAUCUCCAUCUUCAAAGCCUUGAAGAUCAUAUUCAGGUUCCUUUUUGUAAAGAAGAUUUUCCCAUGCAUUUGCUAUGGUUAUUUGUUUUACUUCAUCCCAACUCUUUGCCCAGUUAAAAAUUGCACUUUUUAUGUUGUAGAUUUUAAUCUUGGAAACUCCUUUUUCUCCUUUAUCUUGCUCAUCAUCACUUUCUUCAAAAAUUACAAGACUCUCUUCAAGUUGCUUCCACCUAUAAAGUCGUUUGCAGCUCAAGAUCACACCUUGAUUCAUUGGCUGAAUGAAGGUUGAAGUGUUAUGGGGAAAGAACAUGCAUUUUAUUCGACCAUCCUCACUGGUUAGUGAUUCGGCGGAAGAGUGAACUGGAGAACUGUCCAGAAGUAACAAGGCCCUGACAUCCUCUUCAUGGAAUCCUAAAACACUAAGUUGAAAAUGCCUGACCUCGGGAACAAAGUUUUGAAAGAACCAUUCUGAAAACAAUUCUCUGGUGAACCAAACAUCUUUACUAGGCUUAUAUAUCACAGUGUUUUAGGAAGAAGAUCCUUUUAUUGAUUUUGUUCCAGAACUGACUGGGUCUUACUUGCCAAAGGUGGUGCUGCUGGAGUAUCCAACAAAGGAAUAAAACUGUUCCUGCCGCAGAAUAAUGAUGGUAGAUCUGAAGGUGGCUGACUAUUUGAACCCUCAAAUUAGGGUUCUGUGGGAGAGCAAGGGGCCUGUGAUAGAGAGUUCCAGUCACAAUAAGAAAUAUACCGCACAAACGGACAGUCUCAAUCCUGAAAGCUCUCGCCAGCACUUCCGGAAUUUCUGCUAUCAAAAAGCAGCAGGACCCCGUGAAAUUGUUGGACAACUUCAGGAAUUAUGUCGUCAGUGGCUGAGGCCAGAGCUCCACUCAAAAGAGCAGAUCUUGGAACUGCUUGUGCUAGAACAGUUUGUGACCAUUCUACCCAGGGACACCCAGAGCCGGAUAAGGAAGGACCAUCUACAGAGCAUUGAGGAGGUUGUAGUCCUGGUAGAACACUUGGAGAGGGAAUCUGGUCACACGAGGAAUGGGGUUGCAGUCCAAGAGCUGGGAAAGGAGGCAGUGAUCUUGGGAGAAACAGCAGAAUCCCAGCCAGUGGGAAUGGCCCAGGAUGAAGAAUUCUGGAAUACAUACCAGGGUCUGCAAGAACAGCUGAGCAGGAAUAUUCAUAAAGAAACUGAGCCUGUAUGUGAGAGGGCUGUGCCUGCUCACCAGAUCGUAGCAUUUCCUGUGCAGACAAACACUAAAGACUGGACAGUGGCACCCGAGCUCAUCUUGCCUGAGUCCCAGAGCUUGUUGACAUUUGAAGAAGUGGCCAUGUAUUUUUCCCAGGAAGAAUGGGAGUUACUGGAUCCCACUCAGAAGGCUCUCUACAAUGAUGUAAUGCGGGAAAACUAUGAGACUGUCAUCUCUCUAGCUGUGCCUGCUCACCAGAUCCUAGCCUUUCCUGAGCAGAUAAUCACCAAAGACUGGACAGUGGCACCUGAGCUCGUCUUGCCUGAGUCCCAGAGCUUGUUGACAUUUGAAGAAGUGGCCAUGUAUUUUUCCCAGGAAGAAUGGGAGUUACUGGAUCCCACUCAGGAGGCCCUCUACAAUGAUGUAAUGCGGGAAAACUGUGAGACUGUCAUCUCUCUAGCAUUAUUUGUGCUCCCCAAACCUAAAGUGAUCUCCUAUCUAGAGCAAGGGGAAGAGCCAUGGAUUCAAGGGCCCUUGGAGUUCAAGAACAGCCCUGGAGGGCUGCCUACAGGGUUAAAGGUCAAAACUGACACUGAAAACCAUCAGCCUGUGUGUCUUUCUGACUUAGAAAUACAAGCACCAGGAGACAUAGUAUCAAAAAAGACCCGAGUGAAAGUUCCCCAGAAAACAACAGGCAAAGAAAAUCAUGGUGAUACACACAGGAUGGGGAAGUGGCACCGAGAUUUUCCCGUGAAGAAAAGAAAGAAACUUUCAACCUGGAAACAAGAGCUGCUAAAACUUAUGGAUCUUCACAAGAAAGCUCGUGCUGGAGAGAAGCCAUUUAAAUGCCAGGAAUGUGGGAAAAGCUUCAAAGUUAGCUCUGACCUUAUUAAGCACCAAAGAAUUCACACUGAAGAGAAACCAUAUAAAUGUCAACAGUGUGAUAAGAGGUUUAGAUGGAGUUCAGAUCUUAAUAAGCACUUAACAACGCACCAAGGAAUAAAACCAUACAAAUGUUCCUGGUGUGGGAAAAGCUUCAGUCAAAAUACAAAUCUACAUACGCACCAAAGAACUCACACUGGAGAGAAGCCCUUUACGUGUCAGGAAUGUGGGAAAAAAUUCAGUCAGAACUCCCACCUUAUUAAACAUCGGAGAACCCACACAGGUGAGCAGCCAUAUACUUGUAGCGUAUGCAGGAGAAACUUCAGCAGGAGGUCAAGUCUUCUUAGACACCAGAAACUCCACCGCUGAAUGGAAGUUUAUCCAGUGUCCUCAUUCUGAAGAAAUUCACAAAGUAGAGGUUGACCCUGAGAUUUAUGAAAAAAUAACAAAAUUAUGAAGUAUAAAUAACUUCACCGGAGGAAAAUUUGUUGAUACAAACAUAUUUCACAGAAAGGAAUCAAGGUUGACUCUGCAGGGAUCUCUGUAAGUAGUUUUGUACUACUUACAUUUUUACACGUAACCUUUGGGGAAUUCCUUAGCAAGAAAGGUGCUGAAAGAACAUUCUCAGUAAGGGAAACAUUUUUGCAACUCUACCUGGCAAAAUAGCAAAUUCAGCUUUAAAUGGCAGAUGCAUACAUGAAUCAGUCUUUUAUGAUCACAGAGGGUAAAUACUGUUGGCUUUGCAUUGAAUUCCCAGCCACUUUUAAACACAUUGAUAGAAACAUUUGUAGCCUGGUCUUCCAAAAGAAAAAGCAAUAACCUGCAUGUUUAAUUGGAUACCAUUGCCUUCAGGGUAGUAGGCUUACCAAUUUCAAGAGCCCUAUGACACAAAAAUGAGCUCUGUUGUCAAAUUUUCCAAGAACCAAAUUGGAUUUUCUUCCUUUCCCUUGUCAUUGGACACUGUUCCCACUGUUUGGACAUCAUUUGAGUUCAUUCUUGAAUAUUUUAGCAACUUUAGCUCUUGAAUCCUUUUAGCACCAUUUUUACUGUGAUGAAAUGCUAUUUACUUCACCACUAGGGAAUCUGCCAGAUAAAGUAAAAAUGCACUAUCUUAUACCUCAUUGGUGGUGUUUGAAAAAGAUAAACAUCUCUAAUGAGAUCAUAUGAAAACGGGUUGGAAUGUUUAGCCAUGGAUUAUGUAUUACAUGUAAAGAAUUUUUUGCAAUAAAAGAAACUAGGCCUUAUAAUCUCAGUAUGAUAAAACAUAGAAGAUAGCACUUUCUUGAGGCCUAAAAGAAAAUUAAUGGAAGUUCAGAUGAACUUCUCACAUUUUUAUUUGCUUUUUUGUUUGGCUUUGUUUAUUUUUAAGAAAAAGGGCAGAGUUUAGGAACUGGAGUGUGUGCUGCAGGCAGGAUGUGGUUCACUGGAUGUGGCAGAAGACUGGGUUCCCAAGAGGAAAGGUUUGGGAACCGAUGUUCACUGGUGGACAAGGAUGGGUGAAUCUGCAUUCAUGUUGGUUGUGUUACACUGCAAACUAUUAUUAAGCAGGCAGGGUCUGCCUAUCUCUGUUUUGUACGCAGCAUUUAACAACAACCUUAGCUGAUAAAUGAUAUAGAUGGCUGAACAUCUCUCCGGGCUGUGGAUCUUCUUAGAACUCCUACCUUCAGCAGGGACAUGUGUUCCUGUUAGAGCUUUUAGGUUGUAUCAAGAAGGGGGUCGAAGGGGGUUAAAUGAUUUCUCCCAAAUACCUUAUAAACGAUGAAGUUAAGGCUCAGAUACGGGACUUGUUCAAGACCCUAUUGCUAGUGGGUCCAGUCCGUUGGCUGCCAGCUAGCUGCAUCAGGGAGGUCUGAAGGCAGGGUUAGCAGGAUGUGUACGUUAUCCCUGCAGGACCAGGCUGAAUGACAUUGUGUUAUAUCUACUUCUAACUUAAAAACGUUCUUGUGGCUUGAUGGGUUCCCAAAACACUUAGGUCUCCAUGUGUUCUGUGAAAGAGAGAAAACUAUUUCAACUCAGGGUUAUUCUAGGGACUAGAGGGAUUGGUGAAUGAAAAGCACCUCACAGCCUGGCCAGUGGUAGAUGCUCAAUCAGUGUGCAUUUGCUUCCCUUUCCCCUGUUCCCCAGUGAUGUGCUGGGCAGACUGACUGCAGUAAGGAAGCAGUUGUGUUUAUGGCUAUUUUCAGCUCCUUUCAGGAGUUGUGCACUGCUGGUGGUGAUGUUGCUCAGUUGAUUUGGUCCUUGGCCUCAGUACUUUAUGGUGUAAGUCACCUGAGCUGUGGAUCUGGUGCUUUCAGCAGGAUUUUGUUUUCCUCCCCAAGAUGAACAAUACCAAGUAUUACUUCUUAGGCAGAGCCAACUUUAAAAGCUUUCGUCUGCAUAGCUUUUACCCAUCACCCUCAUCCUUAGGCUUCGGGUACUCUGUCUCAUCCCAGGAUACAUGCGGACAACUUCCUGGUGCUACAUUCAUUCAAUUUCAUGGGGGCCUCUUACGUGCCCAGGAGCUGUUUCGUCUAGACUGAGAAUAUAGUGGUGAAUAAAAGAGCUAAAGAUAGACCCUCACAGGACUUACAGUCUAGUGAAGAGUAUAAAGAAGACUGGUUAUAGUUUUCUGCUUGCAGUUUAGGGUCUCAUGAGAUAGUUGAAGGUAAUGGGUUGUGAGCAGAAGCCCCACUUCUGGGCUGAAGCCUUUGUUUGUGCAGGACUCUGUGGUGUCCUUCCUGCCUCAGUCAUGAAAGUCCAGCAGAAACUGGGGCCACAAGGUCAAAGUAGUCUGGAAUGCUGAGCCCUCCUCCCCACCUCCCCCCUCCAUGGAGAGCAGUUGUCCUGGAAAGUCCCCCAAACCUGUGAUGGACUUUAUGGGAAUGAGAAAUAAACUUCUGUUAAACUAUUGA